AUGAAAAAAACACACGGAACAAAUAAUUUCCGUGCAAAACCUGCUUUACCGCCUCAGGAGCAAACGUGUGUGUUAUGUAAAUACAGUACAAUUAAUCGACACUCUUUUAAAUUGCAUCAAAGAUCAGGACACCACUUAGAACUUCUGGAGGCGAUUCAGUCCAAUCAAGGACCACUACCUACCAAUGACAUCCAACAACAGAAUACUUUUGACGAACAACCUACUAUCCCGCUAAGCGAAUCUCGUAGUUCUGAUAUGAAGUCCAUUGAAAGACCAAUCCAACCUGAACGCACUGCCGAACCGUUCGAAUCUAAUAAACCUCCCGUUCCUGUUAACGAGGUUAACAACGGCUCUGAUAUUGAUGGUGGUGGUGGUGGAGAUGAUGGUAAUGAUGAAUAUCUUGAUUUGAAUGGUGAUUCUGGUAGCUUUAAGUAUUCAGAAGUCCAAAUCAAAUCAGUUCUUGAUAUUGGUAAAUAUAUGGCUGAAAUUGCAAUCAAAAAGUACAGAGCUCAACUAGCUUUGGAUCCUUCUGAUGUUAUUUAUGAUUUCUGUGGUUAUCCCACUCCCCACAGCGUUUCCAGAUUUCACAAAUCCAAGAAAAGUUGUAUACCUUGUUUUCCUCAUGCUCCCCGUUCACAUCAUGGUACUGCUACCGCAGCUGACGCCUCUGCUCCUGCUCCUGCCUCUACCUCUUCCCCUGCCUCUACCUCUCCUUCUGCCACUACCUCUGCUCCUGCCACUGAUCCUGCUGCAACAACAAAUACAACUGCUUGUCAUGAUCCUGUUACAUUUUAUGCCCCAAAUAUGCAAUAUGAAAGCUAUUCAUUCUCUGUCCUGUCCUGCCUGUCUCGUUCCUCCCUCGUUCCUGACACUGCUUCUACACCCGCUGAUCCUGUUGUUGUCGCAUCAAAGCCCGACUUGUUUCUCAAUGAUGUAUCUGAACACUUGCGACUUCUCGUAGGUAAUCCCUGUAUGUCUGGUUUCCUGUCAGAUCUUCCUGAUCGAACACCCAACCAACGAAUCAAGCUCAGUCAAGGUGAAAAGUGGAGUUGUGAUAGAUUGUUUGAGCAUCCCAUGAUAAUUACUGGUCGAAAUCUUCAACUCUGGGUACGGAUAAAGUCUCUUUGCUGUCUGAGAGCAUAUUCCUCUUCAAGAUCGCCAUUAUUUAAAGUGGCCAAGAUAUUCCAAAUAUCAAAGUUGUGA